UGUUUGAUCCAUCUCAACAAGCAUCACUACAACAACAAACAUAUGUACAUCCAAAUCCAUAUGAUGCUGCUUAUUUUCAACAAUCACAACAACAACAACAACUUACACAACAAGGCUUAGAUACAGUGCCACCAGGCAGUUAUAAUCGCUAA